GUCAUUCGGUUCAGCCAGUUGUUGUUUACGUUUCAGCCGUAACGUGCGCGCGCGCACACCUUCGCCGUACAGUCUUCACUCGUCUUGUCGCGUUUAUUCUUUGUAUUACAAACACACACACACGAUAAUUUUGAUAUAGUUUUAUAUAGAUUAUACAAAAAAUAUAAAAUUUUAUGUUAUAUAUAUUUAUAAUAUACAGCAUAAUAUUAUAUUAAAUUAUACUUACCAGAUUCACUGUCCUUGCUCCGAUUGUUGCGACAUCAACGUCAGCUGUUCGACGCAUCAGACGUUCGCUCUGUACACGCUGUCGGUCUGUGUAUGAUAUUAUUAUUGAGCAUUUAGCUCCUUGUGUGUGUGUUUCGAAAAAAAAGAAAUUUUUUUCUUCCGUUUCGUAUAGAAUUAGAUUUUUUUUCUCGAAAAUUUUAUUUGGAUUUUGAGUCAAUUGACGGACCUCCGACGAGAGCUCGAGCGAAAAAAAUAAACGUUCACGGUCGUCGUUCGCGCAGUUAUACUGGACGUCUUAGAACUUGAUGUUUCGAUCUGUGACCCAACACUGCUGACUAGGCGCCGAUGAACAAUGGUCAAGACGUUCCAGGCGUAUCUACCGGACUGCCACCGGACGUACUCGUGCAUUCAUUGCAGGGCGCACUUGGCUAACCACGACGAACUCAUAUCCAAGUCAUUUCAAGGCAGCCAAGGUAGAGCGUAUCUUUUCAAUUCUGUUGUAAAUGUCGGAUGCGGACCCGCCGAAGAAAGGAUUCUGUUGACCGGGUUGCAUGCAGUCGCAGACAUCUAUUGCGAAUGCUGCAAGACCACCCUGGGUUGGAAAUACGAACACGCUUUCGAGUCCAGUCAAAAGUAUAAGGAAGGCAAAUACAUAAUAGAACUAGCCCACAUGAUCAAGGAAAACGGAUGGGAGAGUCCGCCCAAAAAAUGAGCUGCUGCCACAUUGCGACGCACCUGUACAAGUCUUUUGGCGGUUUUCGUUGUCUCUCUAUCUCUCUCGUAGUACUUGACCCUUUUGGGGAUAUUGUUCUUUCUUUAUAGCGGACAGCGGUGUUUUGUCUUAACAAAACUCCGUCGUAAACUUUAAUAAUAACUGUAAUAAUGAAUUAUUGUACCGGUUGGCUUACGCUUUUUAUUGACGGUUUGUUGUCUGAACCCUGUGUAAAACUACCGCCUUCCGACGAUGACCUGUUGCCAUGUAAAGGCAGAUUAAGUACCAUUCAAUUGCUGGUUAGCUGACAAAUGGUUUACGCGGAAUGCUGGCUCGUUUAAUUUUAUUAUUAUAAACAAUAAGUACCUUUAUAAACAAUUAACUACUAUGUGAUAAUAAUAUUAUGUACAUAAUUAAAUAUACAUACAGGGUGACUCAUUUAACGUAAGACCCUAAUAAUAAUUGGUAAUUGUGUUUUUUUUUUUUUUUGGAGAAAUUUUAAUUAAUGUUAAUUUACAAUAUUGAACAAAAUUCAAAUUUGUAUAUUUUUUUGGUAUAUUCUAAAAUUUUAAUUAUUUUUAAAGUUAUUCAAGUUGAAAAUAUAUGAUAGAAGGACCGGUGGAGUGUAACGUUAGUUCUAUCUGCGUGCAAUACUCAACCACACUUUACCCCCUUUUCUAAAUUUUAAACUUCAAUAACUUCAAAGUAAUUAUUUAAACCUGGUUAUCGACCUAACAAAAUGUUCUCCAAAUUAUUUUCAACUUGAACAGUUAAUAAAUAUUUAUGUUACUAUAUGAGUUUUAAAAGUCGAUAGAGCUCUAGAAAAUAUUAAAAAAAGGUAAAUAUUUAGUAUUUUUUAUAGUAUUAUAAAUAAACAUUAACUAUCUUUUUUCAAAAAGAAAAACUAAAAAGUUGCAAUUAUUUUAAGAAAUAAUGAGUGUCUUAUGUUAAAUAGGUCACCUCUUUAUAUAUUAUAUAAUUAUAGUAGUAAAAGUUAAGCUGGCUACUCUUUUCCAUUUAAAAAUAAUAUUUAUAUAAUU